AUGCAAAGCCCUAUAGAAAGUUGUGUCCUUCUCUCCCUAUGCCACUUCAACACUAGCAGGUACCACCAAAAUUUCUUUAUAUGUAAGGCUACUACAACAAAGCAAGCCACAAGGAAGAAGAGAGAAAAGAAAGAAAACCGAGAUGACUUGGAAGUCUCACUUCCAAAGCCAUAUCUGGCUAGAGCAUUGGUUGCUCCUGAUACAUACUAUUCAACUGGAACACUUGGCCAUAAACACUAUAACAUGAGUGUUUUUCAGCAGCAUGCAGCUUUUUUUGACUUUGACAAAUUGACGACAAUGGGAUCGUUUAUCCCUGGGAGACUUAUACUGGUUUUAACAUCGGUGGAAGCUGAAGCACCAACGGCAGCGAUUCGAAUUUAACGGCUUUUUUGUCCAAGCAAGGCUCCAAGCAUACCUAAUGAGCUCCUUUUGAAGAGCAGCGCCUUGUUUGGUUCGCU